CUCUACGCGAAGCCGCAAACCAGUGCGGUAGCUGGUUUGAUCCGACCUAGUACUUCACUUUCUGUUGCUUGCUACUCAAUUUGCUUCCAAGUUCGUCAAGUGAAAUGUCACUCUUGCCUGGCUGCCAUUUCUUUCCGUCUCUUCUCCCCCUCUCCUCGAGAAUAUUAUGUUCCUGCGUGUUGGUAUGCUCAUCUGUUUCAUUUUCAGGCUAUUUUCCUGAAACUUGAAGGAUGCUGUAAGUGGGUAGAGUUUUGAAUGCCAAUAGCUGAGUAUAAUGUUUCUGGUUUAGAGAGCUUCCGGUCAAUCUGCCUUCUCAAUGGAGGCGAAACCCCCAAAAUCCAGCUCUGAAUACACCCUAUUUCCUUAUGAGCAAAAGCAUCUUUCGGAGGCAGUGAGUGAAUGCGUAGCUAGAAUGCUUAUUCUGCAGGAUUCACCGUUGGUUAACAUAUAGCAGUACCCUUCCACAGUUCAACACUAAAUUUCAGUAUUGCCUCAUCUCGCAGUUCUUUUUCCCCCUCCAAAUACCUCCCAGUUCUUCAGAGUAAUAGAAUGCCCUUUGGCCUACACCCACAUUGACCCUGGUGCUCUUUCCCCAACAAAGCUAAGGAUGAAGAUUAUGGGAGCCCACAAUCGAGUUAGAGUCAUCACCAGCAAUUCAUCAUCGCGAACGUCGCCUGCAAAAAACAUCGAGGCUUCACAAGCGCAGAACAGGCUACUAGUCUGUGAUGUUCUCGAAGAAGUUUCAGACAGCACAUCAGAUGGCACCAAACACCCUUCGGCAGUCAACAAAACUGAAGCCGUGGAAAAGGAUUCAGCAGUGGACAGCAAUAAAGUUCAGAACAUUUCCAAGAGUUCAGUUCCUCAACCAGCAACAGGCAGCUCUAGCAUGAUACACCCAGUGAGACCUGUGGAAGAAGACAGUACCGAAUGUGACAGUGGUCUUGACAAUGCUAGCACUAGUAGCUUUGAGUUCCAUGGAGUUGAGAAGACAGCGACGCAGAAUCCAGCACAUGGGUAUUUAUCUAGACAGACUUCCAUUUCCUCCAAGUGGAAUGAUGCAGAGAAAUGGAUCGUGAACCGGCAGAAUGUUAACCAGAACAUCACCAAGGGCACAGCACAGAACCAGACAGUAAACCAGAUGAACUCUGCUGCAGCCAGGGGCGCCAUUGUGCCCAAAAUUUCUGGUCGUCCUGUGCAGAAAAUGAAGAGGGUGAAUCCAGCUUUGUCUGCUCCGCGCAGCAUAUUAGAGAGGUUAUCGUUUGCUUCGUAUCAGCCUAAGUUGGUUAGGCAUGCAGAUGUCUGUCCAGUUAGUAAUGCUAGUGCUAACUCAGAGUGUCACAAGGCAACUGAUACUGGUUCAUCAAUUGAAAUGAAGCCCUGCAAUGAAGCAAACGCUAUUCCAGCAGUUCAGUCAGUGUCCGUGAGAGAUGUGGGCACAGAAAUGACUCCAAUACCUAGCCAGGAACCUUCAAGAACUGGAACUCCACUCGGGUCAAGGACACCAACUCGAAGCCCUAAUUGUUCGAUACCCUCAACACCUGUAGGAGGGAGGUCAAUAGCAUCUCCUGGAGAAGAAUGCACAGAUGAUGGUCCAUAUUUCAACAGAAAAGGUGUCGCACAUGCAAAUGAAUUGUCAGAUACUGAAACGAGGCUUAAAACAAGGCAAGAAAUUGCUGCUCUUGGUAUACAGCUAGGAAAGAUGAACAUUGCUACAUGGGCCAGCAAAGAAGAGCUAGAACUAGUCUCUGCGGCACCAAGCAUUGCUGAUUUGGAGCGCAUGAAGAAGGAAUAUGCUGCUCGUGCUGCAUCAUAUGAGGAGGCAGAAAACACUAAACAUACAGCAAGAUUCAAAAAAGAAGAGGUGAAGAUUGAAGCUUGGGAGAGUCGUCAAAGAGGAAAAAUUGAAUCCGAAAUGAGAAGAAUAGAGGAACAUGCUGAGAGAAUGAGAAGCGAGGCCAUGGCAAAGAUGGCAGAAAAGCUAGAGAUGACACGCCGCAUUGCUGAAGAGAAACGAGCUUCAGCCAAUGCCAAAAUGAACCAGCAAGCAGCAAUAGCAGUUCAGAAGGCCGAGAAGAUUCGCCAAACAGGACGAGUUCCAGGAUCAAGUAUCCUAUGCUGCAGUGGCUGCUUCUGUGGACCUUAUUAGUAGAUAGUAGUAUUCGACAACUAGUAUUGGUUUGGGAUAAUAGUGGUGGGAAAUCUGAAUUCCACCCUCUAGAAGUCAGCAUUCCUUGAUUUUAGCAUGAAAGAGGAAUGUCUGAGGUAUUCAGAUGCAAACACAUUCUUGUUUGUCUUGUAUGUAAAUUAUUCCAGUGUUUUUAACUUGGUCAGUGUAGAAGGUACCUCCAGCUGAUCCUUGGUCAAUGAAGAAAAGUCCUAAA